UAGAACUCGGAGGCCAGCUGAAUUCCUUGUCUUAACAGAGACAGGGUUUUUUUAAAAAAAAUCCUCCAGCCCCCUCCCCCCCCCCAUCAGCAAGUUUUCGGACACUAGAAAUAAGCCAUAUUUGCCUGUGAUCCUGUGCGCGGAAGAGUUGUACAGUUGCCUCUUCUGAACGCUCGCUAAAACGAAAUGGGGAGCUGCCGUUAUUUAACUCAGCAAGGCUUCCCUGGACUAUACAUUCAGAAGCGGAGGAAUGCCAGAACUAACUGAAUCCAGAUGUGCUUACUUGGCAGCCAUCCGGCCAACCAUUACCAAAGGGAUACAGUAUUGAAAUGACCGCACUGGAUCCAGAAAUCUGAGAGCUUCACCCACAGAAGAGGGCUGGUCCCAAAACCAAGCAUACAUAAAAUCAGGACUAUUGAAGAAAUUUAAACCAGAUGGAAGGGGCCGGCAGAUAGUUUCUUUAAUGCAAACUUUGACGUUUCUUAGAGAUCUGUGGAAACAAUGAGAAUUCAACUCAAAGGUGAUGCCAUCUGCACACUGUUCCUGGUGGUAGCUCUUUGCACCAUGAUCUAUUCCCAGCUGGGCCACACUUCCAUCAGAGAAGAAAAGAUGAACAGCCGGAAGAAGCCAGCAGCAACUUCCCGGAUCUUCCAUGUUCCUGCAGUCCUCCAGAAACGGCUAAAUACAGAAGCGACAGCAGCAAAGUCUAGAAGUAUUUCAGAAGUGAAACGUGCCAGUGUGGAAAUCCAAGAGACCUCAGUGACCAUGAUGGCAACCUUGACUCAUUCUGCUUUUGAUUUUAAGCAUUACCUUCAGGACAAAGACAAUCGGAAGUUUGAACUUCUUGUUAAUCAACCAAAGAAGUGCAGGACAAACCCAGGUGGCCCCUUCUUGCUCAUUGCCAUCAAAUCACUGGUGGAGGACUUUGACCGCCGCGAGGUUGUACGGAAAACUUGGGGGAGAGAAGGGCCCGUCAAUGGCAUGCAGGUGCAAAGGGUUUUUCUCCUGGGAAUCCCAAAGAACAAGACAUCACUGCCGACGUGGGAGACCCUUGUCCGUCAAGAGAGCCAGAUGUAUCGCGACGUCUUGCUGUGGGGCUUCCAGGAUACUUUUUUCAACCUGACUUUAAAAGAGAUCCAUUUCUUAAACUGGGCGGAAAAGUUUUGUUCCAACGCCAAGUUCAUAUUCAAAGGCGACGCCGAUGUUUUCGUUAACGUAGAAAAUAUAAUUAACUUCCUCGAGAAACGAGAUCCCUCUGAGGAUCUUUUUGUUGGCGAUAUCAUCUACAACGCACACCCUAUCCGAGUGCGAAAGAGCAAGUACUACAUUCCGGAAUCUAUGUACGGGCUAGCCAUGUAUCCAGCCUAUGCAGGGGGUGGCGGGUUUGUACUGUCCAGCAGUACCAUGAAGAAACUCUCCCAGGCCUGUGAGGAGGUGGAGCUGUUCCCCAUCGAUGAUGUCUUCUUGGGCAUGUGUUUGCAAAGGAUCAACCUCAAGCCCAUUAUGCAUGAAGGAUUCAAGACUUUUGGAAUAACCAAACCUUCUGCUGCCCCUCACUUGCAGACUUUCGAUCCCUGUUUUUACAAAGACCUCAUGGUAGUCCACAGCCUGAAGGUGGCUGAAAUCUGGCUCAUGUGGAACCUGCUCCACAAUCCACGGCUCUCUUGCACCCAGAAGAAGCAUGUCAGAAAGGCUUUCCAAUGGCAAAUCAGACCCAAACGACAUGCCAAAGGUUACCCCGUCUAAAGGACAGGUUCAUAUGAAUGCGUGGUCAAUCAUCACUUGAUGCAACCUCAAGUGAUGACUUGCAUGAGUGAGCAAUUCAUCAAAGGGAAAAACUCUAAUUACAAAAAGAGUGUUUCUAUCAUUCACUGUCACAUCGGACACAAGACUAGGCAAUAAGAGCUGGUUUAUAUGAUAAUGGUACCUUUGUAACAUUGAGGACGGUCCCAACUACUGGGUUUAAAAACACUGCUGUGAUUUUUAAAAAAUCUUGUUUCUGCA